AUGAGCAGGUUUGGUGAACAGCUUGUUGAUUCUUGUUCUGUUGCUCUGUAUGCCAUUAUUACCUAUGAAAGACUUGUUGCUAUUUUAGCUGCAAGUGUCUUGACUGCUACAAACAUAGUGUCUCGGAGAACCAACAAUAUGACAUCACAACUGAGAGACAACAAUUAUCAAGCAUUAGUAGCUGCCUCAUCAAACAAAUUUGAGGCGAUGCACCAGAAGAAAGUAACCAGAGCAAAGUUCUGGAACAGGGUACAAAGCAAAGAAGAGAUCUUAGAGGAACAUGCAGAAGAUUUGGAAAGGCUUAUACAGUUAUCUCAUCAAAGUACCCUUCAUGAAGUGAUGGAUUUCUUGGCACAUGACCAAUUUAUAGACCCCAUAACAGACGAGGAUAGGAGAAUUACUCUGAAGCAAAUUGUCUAUUGUGAUUAUACUGCUUCUGGGAAACCACUACAUUUUAUAGAAGACUUUAUUCUUGAAGAAGUACUUCCAUUAUAUGGAAAUACACACACUACAACAUCAGUGACGUCACUUCAAACUACACUGUUCCGACAUGAAUCAAGGGACAUUAUUAGACAAUCAGUGAAUGCUGGUGAACAAGAUGCAGUGAUAUUUGUUGGAAAUGGGUGUACAGCAGCAAUCCAUAAAAUGAUUAGUGCUUUGAACUUAAAGAAGAGUCCGACUGUCUUUUUAGGACCAUAUGAACAUCAUUCCAACUUGUUACCAUGGCGAGAGAUUGGGGCAGAGGUAAUUAGGAUAAAAGAAGAUUCAGGUGGAUAUAUAGAUCUCAGUCAUUUAGAACAUGAACUCAAGAUGCACCAAGAAGAUGGAAAGCUGUUAAUUGGUAGUUUUGCUGCAGCUUCCAAUGUUACUGGAAUUCUUUCUGAUGUUAAUACUGUAUCAUCACUGCUACACAAACAUGGAGCACUUGCUUUCUGGGAUUAUGCUUCUUCAGCUCCAUAUGUAGACAUCGACAUGAACCCUGUUGUUUCUGGGCUUGAUGAAGGAUUAGUGUACAAAGAUGCCAUUUUUAUUUCUCCACAUAAAUUUGUUGGUGGUCCUGAUACCCCUGGUAUUUUAGUAGCCAAGAAAAAACUGUUCACAAAUCCAGUUCCCUCAGGAUGUGGUGGUGGCACAGUGUUUUUUGUAAGUUGUGACAAGAGAAACUCACCGUUAUCUGCAAGAGGUGGAAAUGCGAGAAGAAGGAGGAACACCUUCUAUUGUUGGAACGAUCAGAGCAGGUUUGGUCUUCCAGUUGAAAGAUUCUGUUACAACAGAAGUUAUCAUGCAGCGGAGAAUGAAAUCUGUCGGAAAGCUCUAGAUGCUUGGAGUUCUGUUCCUGAGUUGAUAAUCCUAGGAAGUCUCACAGCUAUUCGCUUACCAAUUUUUUCUUUUGUUGUCCAACAUAUUGCCUCAGGCCUUUUUCUUCACCAUAAUUUUGUUAGUGUGCUUUUGAAUGACCUCUUUGGUAUUCAGGUACGGGGAGGUUGUGCUUGUGCUGGACCUUAUGCUGAGGAUCUUUUGGGGAUAGAUGAGAAAAUGGCAAUCCACAUUGAAAAUCUUUUAGCUGAAGACAAAACUUUAGAUCGUUUAAAUUUACGACGCUAUAAAGAGUAUUCAGAAAGAGAGAUUUUAAGACCAGGAUUUGUAAGAUUAAACUUUCCAUACUUCAUGCCGGAAGAAGAAGUGGAUUUCAUUAUUGAAGCUAUUCAGUUGGUAGCUAGAGAGGGCUGGAAGUUAUUACCUCAAUAUAUUUUUAACCCAGAAACAGGAGAAUGGAAACAUCGUUACCACCAGGUGUUUAAAGAAAGAAAAUGGUUAGGUUCUAUAUCCUACAAUGAAGGAAGAAUGUCAUAUGUUAAAUCUCGAGAUGUUGCAAAAGAACUGCCUCCACAGAAUAAAAAGGAAUGUCUUGAAAAAGCUCUUGAAGUACUUGACAAAGCGUCAAAGGUAACUGUAUUUUAUGUUGUUGUUUUUUAA